AUGGCUGAUCCGAAGAGGUACACGCACGAGUACUACAAGCUCAGGAGGCUCACCAAUGAAAUCGACUGUCAGAUUCGUCGACUCUCCUCGGAGUACGGACUUACGGAGGACCAAGUGGCGGAGUUCAAAGAAGCAUUCAUGCUAUUCGACAAGGACGAAGAUGGCACUAUCACAAUGGCCGAACUGGGAGUUGUGAUGCGUUCGUUGGGACAGCGACCGUCUGAAACGGAACUGCGAGAUAUGGUAAAUGAAGUCGAUCAGGACGGCAAUGGCACAAUUGAAUUCAACGAGUUCCUACAAAUGAUGUCUAAGAAGAUGAAGGGUGCCGACUGCGAGGACGAAUUACGCGAAGCUUUUAGAGUAUUCGACAAAAACAAUGACGGCUUAAUAUCAUCAGUGGAGUUACGGCAUGUCAUGACGAACCUUGGCGAAAAGCUAUCCGAAGAAGAGGUGGACGAUAUGAUCAAAGAAGCAGAUUUGGAUGGAGAUGGGAUGGUAAACUACGAAGAAUUCGUGACAAUCCUAACGUCGAAGAAUUAGUUUGCUCAACCUGAAGACCCACCAGCCAGCAGAGGCGUAGAAUAGGAGGAGAUAUGGGAGGGUGAGGAGGAGGAGAAACGAACGUGCGAGUGGACGAUAGAUAAACGGCACUACUAUCGGAAGACGAGGGAGAAGAUAAAGGUGCGAUCGGAUAGAGUGACAGAAGCAACAGCAACGCCCUAAAGGACGACAGUGCUAGUGUCGAGCUAGCAUCUUCUCUUUUGGGUUUGUAAGUUAAAUAGAAGAGGAAAAAAAAACAAACAAAAUAAGUAACAAAAAUACCUGCAAAUAGUGCAAAUGAAGAAGGAAAGAAACAAACAUUACCAGCAGCGUUUUUCUUAAUCGUGCGAGGAAGGACUGUGGGGUUAUGUUGUUACACAAAAAGCGAUUCCGAAGGACAAAUAGACGAUGUUGCGUUGGAGUUGAUUGUGAGAUGAGUGUUUUUGACAAGUUCAUGCGUUAGGCACCUGCGGAUAUACAAAUCACAUCGACACAGUUUGUAGAAUCGAGUUCUUGUACACACUUUGUACUUAUACAUGCAUAUUAGAUUAUUGAUUUGCUCUCGAUUAUUUGUUUGAUCUUUUUUUUUUUUUUUUUUCACCAAAUAGUUUAAAAUUUAGCGAUUACACGUUUACUUAUGCAUGAACAUGUUUAUGUAUGUACU